GCUAACAGGAAGCCGCAUUGUUGUCGUUGUAGCGCCAUUGCCGGUUUGAGGGUUAUAUAGAUAUAAAUCUUAGCCAUCAACAGUUUCAGACAUGACCACUCCAAUGCAGAAACCCCGGGGAGAGAUGACCCCAGAAGAGCUCGCACAGAGAGAGCAGGAGGAAUUUAACACAGGCCCGCUGUCUGUUCUGACUCAGUCAGUGAAAAAUAACACACAGGUCUUGAUCAACUGCAGGAAUAACAAAAAACUUUUGGGCAGAGUCAAGGCAUUUGAUAGACAUUGCAAUAUGGUUUUGGAAAAUGUAAAAGAAAUGUGGACAGAGGUUCCAAAAACUGGAAAGGGGAAAAAGAAGUCUAAACCUGUGAAUAAAGACAGAUACAUUUCCAAGAUGUUCCUGCGGGGAGAUUCAGUUAUCCUAGUGCUGAGGAAUCCACUAGCAGGAGCAAAGUGAUAGUUACUGGUACAUUAUUGAUACUGUGGAUUUGAUUCCAGGGCUAGAGAUUGGCCAAAAAUGUAGAGCUAUGCACUAGCCAAAGUGGAUAAAAAAGGAUUGCAGAAAUUAGUUUUUCAUGAGACUAAGAAUUCCUCCAAAAUAAAAAUUGAGCCACUGGAUAGGUAUGGUCUGGCAUAAGACACCCUUAAGGAGGCCUGUUGUUUAGGUAGCAACCUUAAAAGGAGACAAAAACCUUCAUUUCUGCAGUGGCAGGUAUCUGACAUAAGAGUGUAUGGGAGGUACAGACAAUGCACUCGAUUUUCACCAAGUCUUUAAAAAAGUGUCAAGAACAUAUGUCAUUGUCUCUUGUCAGUCAUUAUUAAAGUAUUAACCUUUCAGGUUUUCAUAAGGUUGUUUAUUCUGCUUCAACAUUGAUCAAAUGGCAAUGUGAACCGUAAGCUGUCAGAGAGCUUUAAGCUUUGAUUAUUUGUUGUUAAACAAUCCACGUAUGUUUCUUUACAUUUUAAUGGAUAUGUUCUAUAUGAGGUUCAUCAGAAAUGUUUCCAUUUUGUAGCCGAUUCUAUUAUUAAACUUAAACAAUGUAGGUACAUUAUAGCUUGAUGACUUUGAAUGUGUAAAGAAGUAGUUAAGAUGCAGAAUUAUUUUGUACAUUUUUUAUGUAAAUUUGAUAGUAAAAAUACCAAAUUAAUA